AUGAGUGGCAACCGCUUUGGUGCAUGGUCGGGUCAGACUAUCCAGUACAUCUCCGAUCACAUCGGCCCGUCCCUGAAGCAACGGCCGAACAUCGUCCUGGUUCAUGCAGGCACCAACGAUAUGAACCCCAAUCUCGACAUUGCCAAGCAAGGUAACGACCCCAAAGGCGCGGCCGACCGUCUGGGGAAGCUGCUCGAUAACAUCAUUGAUGCCUGCCCGGACGCAACAGUCCUUGUGGCCAUGAUCAUCAAUACAUGCGACGAAAGUCAGUCUCCUGCAACCAAGGAAUACCAGAAAUUGAUCCCAGGAGUCGUCAAGAGCCGGAAAGACGGCGGAAAGUACAUCCUCGCUGUGGACUUUACCACCUAUGAGACGAGUCACCUCCAGGACUGCAUACACCCAACUAACGACGGAUAUAAGUUGUUCGGAAGCUACUGGUACGACUUCAUUACCCAGAUCCCCAAGGAUUGGAUCAAGAAGCCAGUUGGUGACGACCCUAAUCAUGAUGGAGACGGAGCCAACAGCGGCCUUGACGGAAACAUUCCCGCUCCGGACUGGGGCGCUGAUCCGGUCACACCGACUACUCCCGAGAAGGUCGGUAACGCGUAUCUGAAUGCGCGCCCGGUCGAGACGUACACUUGCAAUGCGAAGCCCAUUUGGGAGGCUGGUGGUCAAAUUGCACUCGGAAACAUCGGCCGCAACGGAGACUGGAAGUAUAAGAAGCACUGGGUGGAGGCUGGAAAAGUCGCUGAUGGACUCAAGCGGGACCCUCGAUACGUAAGACUUCAUGACAUGAAUGGCGACGGAAAGGCUGACUAUGUUUGGAUUCACCCUGAUACCGGUGAAAUCCGAUGCUGGAUCAACAACCUCCCCGAGCCGUGGAGCAAGGCCGGUACCAACAGCGACAUAAUUGGCAGUGGUGCCGGUCCUGCAGAUUCGGUCUUCAUCGCUCUCGAGGACUACAUGAUCGUUAACAAAAUCAAUGGCGCUGUCAAGAUCUGGUGGAACUACGGACCGGACGACAGCUGGGUUAAUGGAUGGAAGUUUGUCGAGGGCGGCGAGAUUGCGUCGGGUGUCCCCCACGCCAAUUGGGAGACUCUCCGGUUCCCCGACAUUAAUGGUGAUGGCAGAGCAGACUACGUCUACAUCGGUAAGGGCGGUGCUUUGAAACAUUACUUGAACACUGGAUCCGUCGGUGGCGAGGAUGUUCUGUUCCUCGCACAAGGCGGAAUUGCAACUGGAGCCGUAGACGACAUUUCGAGGCUUGUGUUUGCGGAUUUGAACGGAGACGGCCGUGAUGACUAUCUCAUAUGGGAUGAUGACGCCGGUCUGACUGGCUUUUUGAAUCAGCCAACUCACAAGGAAGGAGUGCCAUUGUACAUUGAUCAAGGACCAGCGAAAACGCUUGCUGACGGCAUCUCUCAAAAGCCCGAGUCCAUUCGGCUUGCAGACUUGGAUGGUGACGGAAAGGAUGACUAUGCUUAUAUCGACGACGACGGUGCCAUCUGGCUGUGGCACAACAGUGGAAGCGGUGACACCAGCAUGCUGGUAGAUGGCCUUCGCUUUGCGGACAUAGACGGCGACGGCACUGAUGACUACAUUUGGCUCGACCCAGAGACAGGUGCUCCGACAGUGUACACCAACUACGGCUACAACACGAACGACAAAGCCUUCGGAUACCAGUGGAUUCCAUUGAACGACGGCAAACCAAUUGCUUCCGGAGCUGCCCCAGCGUCUCAAGUAACAUUUGGUUACAUCAUUGGCAAUGGAAAAGCCAACUACAUUGUCGUGGACCCCAAAUCGGGCAAACUCUCUGUCUGGCAAAACCUGGGCCAGAACAAAAACAACCCCGACAAUUGGCAGUGGAAUCAGAUCGAUGUCGAUGCUUCUGGUUCAGGUCCCGGCAAGAAUGUCAGGAUUGCUGACAUUGACGGCGAUGGCUGGGACGACUACAUCAUGCUGAACAGAAAGGGCGGCACGACCAUCUACAGAAACAUGUACUUGAACUUCGACGCGGAACAUACGUGGGAACCGCUUCCUGAGGCGGACGCCGAAGGCAUUAGCCAGCGGCCGGAAGAGAUUUCAUUCCAUGACAUCAAUGGGCAAGGUUACCCUUCCCAUCCGUCUUCGACCACGAGUUCUAACAAUUCUAUAGCGACGGAAAAGCCGACUAUCUCUGGACGAGACCCCACGAUGGCGCCGUUUUCGCCUGGUACAACAACUACCCGAACCAGCCCGCUUGGCUUCCACAAGGCCAGAUAG